AUGUUCUCCUCUGAUAAACCUCUCCUUGAAAAAUCCCGGUCCGUUAAAUCUAGACAUUUAUCACCGGUCUCUAGCGUGGAACAACGACCAUCUCUACCCCCAUCGCCUAAUCGUCACGCUAAACAAAAAACAUCUGUAAAACAUAAAGGGUCAUUGCUUAAUGGAGUAUGGCCUUCUUCCACUCCCAACUCAUUAAAAUCCGAUAAGGAAAAUCCACAAGCCAUCACGUUGGCGGAUUGUCUUGGAAAUGAUCGUAAAAGGGAUAGUGUUCGUUCGUCUUUUCUUAGUAAACAAAAAAGUUGUUCAGAGUUUAAUAGGUUUGAAAACAUUCCUAAGAAAGAGAACAGCUUGAAAGAAAAUCAUAAGCCGAUUUUUGGUGGAUCGAUGAGAUACACUGGGAAGUUUAGAUUUUCGGCCGGUAGAUCAUCAGUCUCUUCUUCAUCCUCAUCUAGUGAUGGAGUUAGGGAGGAACUAGCAGUUAUAAUGCCUGGGAGAUUAUCGGUGGAUGACAAUGAACUACGUCGAAAAUCAUACUCUCGAAUGAGAUCAGAUAAUUCCUUCUCAGAUGAUUCCGAGUGCAGCGAUUUUGGAUCUCCAAUCAUCACAGAAAGAAACUCUCCUGCAUCCUACAUGGCACCCACUUUGAGCUUUAGAAAUUCCAUGGCUAAUUCGCCCAUGAAAUCCACAAUCAAGAAAGCAAUGAAAAAGGCUAAUUCUUUAUCAUUGUCAUCGAAGUGGAAUUCAUUGGCAGGACGAUCUGAAUCACCACCAAUGACAACAAACUCUACAUUUUCGAGCUCCAAGCCUCCAACAAGUCCUUCAAAAACGCCGAAAAGGAAUUUUUUAUACAUGGGUCUUGAUUUGAUUAAGAGUAAGAAAAAUGGGUCGGGUUGUUUGUCACCUCUCGGGGAAGGUAUGGGCAUGGUGGAGAAUGUUCAUCAGUUAAGAAUGUUGCAUGGAAGUUAUAUUCGAUGGAGAUAUGUUAAUGCUAGAGCAAAUGUUGUUAAUGAAACCUUAAAUACCAAAUCUAAGAAUCAGUCAUUACAAGUAUGGGAAAGGGUUGUAAAGCUGCAACAAUCUGUGUUACAAAAGAGAUUACAAUUGGAGAAAGAGAAGUUGGAAAUGAAACUCAACUUUAUAUUUCAUUCUCAAAUGAAACUGUUGGAAGCCUGGAGAGACAUGGAAAGGAGACAUAUAUCUGACGUUUCCAUGACCAAAGAUUGUUUAGAAGCAGUUGCUUGUAGAGUACCCCUUAUCCAAGGAGCUAAGAUGGAUCUACAAACAACUGCCAUUGCUCUUAGACACGCAGCAGAUUUGGUGAGCACAAUUAUGACUAUGACGUUGUCUCUGAUGCCCACGACUUGUGAGAUUGUUCCAUCAUUUACAGAGCUAGCAAAAGUUGCAGUCGAGGAGAAAUCGUUGCUUGAAGAGUGCUUUGAUCAUUUCAGAGUAAUUUCAACAUUAGAGAUUGAAGAGCAGAGUCUAAGGUGUAGCAUUAUCGGAAUGAGCUCAUUGUGA